GUUCGUUCUUCAUGCUCGCCGUUACCCGGCCUCUCUGUCGACGGCUCGGCCUACACAGAGCACUUGGUGUUUCUCAUGGUCGAUAUUACUCGACCUACAAGGAUGAUCCACGCUGGCCUGGUUGGCAGCUCGUGGUAGGAAUCGAAGUACACGCACAAAUAAAGUCGCGAUUAAAACUCUUUUCCCACACAUGGACAUCGGCCCCGGGACUUGCACCCAAUACCCGAGUGUCAUUGUACGAUGCCGCAUUUCCCGGAACACUGCCACUUCUCAAUCCAAAAUGCGUUGAGCUAGCGCUGCGGACUUCGAUUGCUCUCAACGCUGAUGUGCAUAGCCGGUCAACAUUCGACCGUAAACACUAUUUUUAUGCGGAUUUACCUGCGGGAUACCAAAUCACCCAACGUUAUUCACCGAUUGCGACCGGCGGAUACCUCAAGCUACCCGAGCGGAAUAUCCUGGUCGGUAUCGAGCAGCUUCAACUAGAACAGGACACAGGAAAAUCGACGUUCGAUCCACGACAUCGAAUAUCUAAUAUUGACCUUAACAGAGCUGGAACAGGUCUAAUGGAAAUCGUGUCCAAGCCCGACAUGCGGUCUCCGGAAGAAGCUGGUGAGUACGUGCGGACACUACAGGCAUUGCUUAGGUCCGUGGGCUCGAGCGACGGUAACAUGGAGAACGGUUCUCUCCGGUGCGAUGUGAACGUCUCCGUAAAUCGUCCGGGCGCUCCUCCUGGCACCCGCUGCGAAAUUAAGAACCUGAAUAGCGUGAAAUUUACGAUGGUCGCUAUCACGACCGAGGCCGAUCGUCACAUCUCACUGCUAGAGAACGGUCAACACGUCCUGCAAGAGACCCGCGGCUUCAAUGAAGAAUCAGGUCUCACCUUCACCCUCCGAAACAAAGAAGAUGCCCCCGACUACCGCUACAUGCCCGACCCCAACUUACCCCCUCUCAUCAUUCCCUCAGAAUAUGUCUCAAACCUUCGCGCGUCUAUGCCCGAGCUUCCAGAGCAGACUCGAGCGAGGUUACAAGCCCAGGGUUUGAGCCAGCGCGAUACCGACGUCCUUAUGGCCGUGGACUCUGGGCGUGAGGUAGGAUAUGACGGCGAGCAUGGGGAGGGCGCUGUCGCGUAUUUCGAUGCGUUAUCGACUGGUCGAGAUCCUAAAGUUGUUGUGAACUGGAUGACACAUGAACUAUUGGGCCAGCUAGCGGCCAGGAAGGAGACUUUCAAAGACAACUGCGUCACGGUCGAGCAGAUGGGAGACCUAGUAGACAUGAUCCAGAUCGGCAAGAUGACUGGCACAUCGGGCAAAACUCUGCUCCGCCACAUGCUCGAACACCGCUCUACCGAGACACCGUCCCAGCUCGCACAACAGCUCUCCCUCGUAGCGUUCGGUGCCGCAGACGAGGCAGAAGCCUUUUUGGCAGGGCUGUGUAAGGAGGCUAUCGAAGCGUUGCCGGAGGAGGCUGCGAAGGUGAGGGAUGGGCACAUGAAGGUGGUUAAUACGCUGGUGGGGCGGGUGAUGCGGUCGAGUAGAGGGAGAGCCGAUGCGAAGCAUGUGAGGGAGAGAAUGAUUGAGAUGUUAGGUGUGGAAUGAGCAGAUUUUGAUCAUUACUCAGGAUAUGCCAUCUCAGAGUUCACCGUCCAAGUCGUUCGUGGUACCACGAAGCGGGGAUCUGGCCGGUAUAUCAAAC